AAUAAAAGACAAAUCUAUUUAUCGUGAUAAUUUAUGAUGUCCAUUACUUUGCAGAAGCUAUUUUCAAAGUAGUACCAUGGAGUAUUUCCUAUCUCUGUUUUCUCUCAUGAAGAUUAUUCUCAUGUCUGUUCUACUCAUGGUAUCAUUAUUUGUACUUGUAACUAUUAUUGGUUUAGCCAAGGAAUGGAUCAUGCGACAAAAAAGACCUCCAAUUGCUGGUUUAAUGUUGAACCAGCUUGUAUAUUUCAAAACACUUUUCGAUUAUCAAACAUUUCUCAGUCGUAAACAUCCAACUUACCGGCUAAUCUUGCCUUCACAUAGUGAAAUUUACACAAGUGAUCCUGUUAACAUUGAAUAUAUCCUCAGAACAAACUUCAACAACUAUGGGAAGGGAAAGUAUAAUUAUGAAAUUAUGAAAGAUCUUUUUGGUGAUGGGAUUUUUGCGGUAGACGGCGAUAAAUGGCGUCAUCAACGGAAGCUUGCAAGUUAUGAGUUCUCUACUAAGGUUUUGAGGGAUUUCUGCAGUACAGUCUUUCGAUCUAACGCUGCUAAAUUGGCUGCAAAAGUAUCUGAAGCGGCAGAGUUCAGUAAGGCAAUAGAACUGCAGGAUGCGUUGAUGAAAUCAACAUUAGAUUCAUUGUUUAAAGUGGGAUUUGGAAUUGAACUAAAUAGUUUAUCCGGGUUAGACGAGUUUGGAGUACGAUUUACAAAGGCCUUCGAUGAUGCAAACGAGAUUGUCUACUGGAGAUUCGUUGAUCCAUUCUGGAAGAUUAGAAGGUUUUUAAACAUUGGCUUGGAAGCUGCUCUGAAAAGACACAUGAAAGUUAUUAAUGAUUUUGUGUUUAAGCUGAUCAAACACAAGAGGGAGCAAAUGAAGACUGGAACAAAGGCUCAGGGAGCGAAAGAAGAUAUACUGUCGAGGUUUCUGAUAGAGAGUGAAAAGGAUGUAGCUAACAUGACAGAUCAAUAUUUAAGAGACAUAAUUCUCAAUUUUGUUGUAGCAGGAAAGGAUUCGACUGCGAAUACACUUACUUGGUUCUUUUUCAUGAUAUGCAAGAAUCCAUUCAUUCAAGAAAAGAUCUUCCAAGAAGUUAAAGAUGCGAUUAACAUUGCAGAGAGUACAAACAUUUCAGUUGAAGAAUUCACUGAGAAGAUAACUGAAGAAGCCAUUGAGAAAAUGCAGUAUCUUCAUGCAACACUGACUGAAACUCUUAGGCUCUUUCCAGCUGUGCCUGUGGAUGGAAAGAAUGCAAAUGAAGAAGAUGCACUCCCAGUUGAUGGACUGAAAGUAAGGAAAGGAGAUGGGAUAAGUUAUAUGCCUUAUGCCAUGGCAAGGAUGACUUACAUCUGGGGAGAUGAUGCUGAGGAAUUUCGGCCCCAAAGAUGGCUUCAAAAUGGAGUUUUUCAACCUGAAAGUCCUUUCAAAUUCACUGCUUUUCAGGCUGGUCCAAGAAUCUGUCUGGGGAAGGAGUUCGCGUACAGGCAAAUGAAGAUAUUCGCAGCAACUCUUAUCAACUUUUUCAAAUUCAAGCUUGUGGAUGAAAACAAAGAAGCUACGUAUAGAACCAUGUUCACUCUUCACAUGGAUCAAGGACUGCCAUUGUUUGCAUUUCACAGAUCCAAAUAACUUGAUUACAUAAAAAUAAUAUAAUUACACAUGGCUUUGCAAAAACGGGUUCUUUCCUACAAUUCAGUAAUGCAACAUUUAUGCUCAGCUGAUUAAGACUGACAUAUAUGUGUCUGAUCAACCUUUACAUAUUCAAGCUUGGGGAUGAAAAACAACAAGCUGCAUCCACUCUAUUAUGUACAGGAAUUU